CUCCGGGGUCGCGGGCCCCACGGGGCCCCGGCUGCGGCGCUGACGGAGCGCCGGCCUCGGCCGCUGACUUACCGGGUGGAGGGCGCGUCCCGCCGGCUGCGCGCAGGUGGAGAGUCUGCGGGAAACGACCGACUUCUCCUUUUUAUUUUAAUUUUGAGUUUAAAAUGUAGGCAAACCCGUUCGUUUCCUCGCGUCGGGGGAGGGGACGCUAGAAUCGAAGCCUGGCUGUGGGGCUACGUGCGAGGCCCCGGGUGUAUCUGUCCCCCAGGAGGCUUUGAUUCGGAAGAAGUGAGGCGGGUCUGAAAGCGGGUUUGCCUUGGGAUGGGCUUCUCUGCCGGCACAGGGAGAUCUUGCUGGACGGCGUCACAGCCUUUUUGCCUGAAAGCAGGGCUGAGGGGCAGCGCGGGGCCUCCGUGCCGCCCCCUCCCGCCCUGCACGGACGCCGGGUCGCUGCGCCCCCGCGCCGGGGGUGACCCCGCACGGCCUUGGAGCCUGGAGCCCCGUCGGCGCGCAGCCGGAGAGGAGGAUGUCCGCGGUGCUGACCCGCCGGCCCUGGGAGCAAGCAGGCUUCAAGGCCCUCUCCCGAACGCCAGCCGUCAUCGCCUUGGUGGUCUUGAUUUUGAGUGUCGUGGUGCUUGUGACUCUCACAUUCAUCCAGUUUCACCAUAAAGAGAUCCUCCUUCCAGGACUGAAGUAUGGAAUCGUGCUCGAUGCCGGGUCUUCCAGAACCACCGUGUACGUCUAUCAGUGGCCAGCAGAGAAGGAGAAUAACACUGGAGUGGUCAGCCAAAGCUUCAAGUGUAGUGUGAAAGGCUCGGGGGUCUCCAGCUAUGGGAAGAACCCCCAGGACGCCCCCAAGGCCUUUGAGGAUUGCAUGCAGAAAGUCAAGGGGCAGAUUCCAGGCCACCUCCAUGGAUCCACCCGCGCUUACCUGGGGGCCACGGCUGGGAUGCGCCUGCUGAGGUUGCAAAAUGAAACAGCAGCUAAUGAAGUCCUUGCAAGCAUCCAAAACUACUUCAAGUCCCAGCCCUUUGAUUUUAGGGGUGCUCAAAUCAUUUCUGGGCAAGAGGAAGGGAUAUAUGGAUGGAUUACAGCCAACUAUUUAAUGGGAAAUUUCCUGGAGAAGAACCUGUGGCAUAUGUGGGUGCAUCCAAAUGGAGUGGAGACCACAGGCGCCCUGGAUUUGGGCGGUGCCUCCACGCAAAUAUCCUUCGCGACCGGAGAGAAGGCGGGGCUGAACGCCAGCCAUGUCACGGAGGUGUCCCUGUACGGCUAUGCGUACACGCUCUACACUCACAGCUUCCAGUGCUACGGCCGCAAUGAGGCUGAGAAGAGGUUUCUGGCAAUACUUCUUCAGGAUUCCCCCACCAAAACCAAUCUCAGCAACCCCUGCUACCCUCGGAAUUAUCUCACCACCUUCUCUGGGGGCCACCUAUUCGACAGCCUGUGCACAGCAGACCUGAGGCCCGCCAACUACCGCCCUGACGACAUCAUCACUGUUGGGGGGACCGGGGACCCGUCGCUGUGUAGGGAAAAGGUGGCUUCCCUGUUUGACUUCAAAGCUUGCCAUGACCAAGAAGCGUGUUCCUUUGACGGGGUGUAUCAGCCAAAAGUUAAAGGGACAUUUGUGGCCUUUGCAGGCUUCUACUACACAGCCAGCGCCUUCAAUCUCUCCGGGAGCUUCUCCCUGAGCGCCUUCAACUCAAGCAGCUGGGAUUUCUGCUCGGAGAGCUGGAGCCAGCUGCCGCUGCUGCUCCCCAGGUUCGAUGAGGUGUAUGCUCGCUCCUACUGCUUCUCCGCCCACUAUAUCUACCACCUGCUGGUAAAUGGGUACAAAUUCACCGAGGAGACCUGGCCCCAAAUACAUUUUAAAAAAGAAGUGGGGAACAGCAGCAUAGCCUGGUCUUUGGGCUACAUGCUCAGCCUGACCAACCAGAUCCCAGCCGAAAGUGCCCUCAUCCGCCUGCCCAUGGACGCACCUGCCUUUGUGGGCGCCGUCGCCUUCUUCACGGCAGUGGCCUUGCUGUGUGUGGCCCUCCUGGUGUACCUGUGUGCUUCGGCCAGGAAGCAGAGACACUCCCAGCAUGCCUUCGGCCGCACGCUGGAUUCCGAGUGAGCCUCGCCAAGCAGCCCCUGGAGCCUCAGGGCGGCCCAGAACCAGCCUGGGGGGCCCCGGACAGCGCAGGCGAAGUGUCCAUCUUUGGGAAGCGCAGCUGGAGUCAAAUACCGAGGUUACGUGCCUCUCUGAUAACUGAUUUAUGCCAAAGCGCCUCUCAACUGGUUGCUCCUCCAAAGGCCCUACGACGCACCUGCUGACCUACUGGGGGCAGGGGAGAGGCAGGCCAUCAAAGUCCGGCCCUUCCCUCCACGGGCCCUGGAGGAACACUGAAUUGAGCAUACGACAGUUUAAUGCUGAAGAACUGACCUCAGGGCUCAGUUUGCGUGUUUCCUUCCUCAGAGAUGCCACACACACACACACACACACACACACCCCGCCCCGGCAAGUUUGGAAGCUGGCAGGCGCCCAUGGAGCGUUUGACACAGUCAGAUAUGUCGUUUUAAGGCUUCUUCCCACUGAUUCCUAACUCAGACUUAGCAAUCCCAUAAGCACUGCGCUCCCUCAGGCCAGUAGAAUAACAGCGUCUGGGCGAGAAGACUCCUUUCCCCAGAGGACAGUGGGCACGGCCAGGCUCUGUCAUGCAGGCGGAACCCGGAGGACAGAAACACAGGAAGUCUCCCAGGAAACUGCCCGUUCCGAGUGGGGUUCCAUCAGUAGGUUGCUGCCGGUGUGCCUACCUUCAUUCUCACCUCCCCGUCACGUGGCUGGGUCCUCCUGUGAAACACUUACUCCUAGUGAGGCUGUCAGUUCCAGGUCUGUUGCCUUUGCGGGGCUUUUGCUUAGGGCCGUUUUUUCACGGGGGCGUGGUUCGUGUGCUCUCAUACCCCGUUCGGGCAAGCGUACUUGGCACUGCCCUGAGAUACCCUUGCGUACCACCGUCCUAGAUGGCCGGCCUCUCUGCAAUGGUACCACACUUCUUCAGUUUGGGGAAAGAAGAGGAGGCUGCAGGGACAUUUCAUUCCAACAUAGGAUGAAAAAGAAUCCAGCAAGCCCAAUGGCUACAAACUAAAAGUGAAUAUUAUUCCAGAUUGUUGUUUGUUGGCUGAAUGUGAAAUAAAGGACUCUUAUUUUGACUCA